GUUAGCCUUUCCCAAAACCACCUCCGUGAUAAAAUUAGCCAUCUUCCUCCUCCCUCCUAGUCCUCUCCAUUUCUACUCUCUACUACCAAACAAACCCAACUCCAGAAUUUUUUUUUUUCAUGGAUUAAGCAACGAAGACGAAGAUAAUUUCGAAAAUAUAUCAGCAAGAAAUGGAUAAAUUCUCGUACAACUCGUAUCCAGAUUCAGCUGAAUCGUCGCCUAGAUCUCGCGACGUCGAGUUUGAGAACCCGCCGCCGUGGGAAGACCACCAGCAACAACAGCAGCAGAGCUACAAGGUGAAGCUCAUGUGCAGUUAUGGCGGAAAGAUCCAGCCCCGCCCACACGAUAACCAGCUUACCUAUGUUAACGGAGAUACCAAAAUCAUGUCCGUAGAUCGCGGCAUCAGAUUUCCCUCUUUGGUCUCCAAACUCUCCGCCGUCUGCAACGGCGGUGGCGGUGGCGGUGAUGGAGGAGGAGGAGGAGGUGAGAUAUCGUUCAAGUAUCAGCUUCCAGGUGAGGAUUUAGAUGCGUUGAUCUCGGUGACUAACGAUGAAGAUCUGGAGCACAUGAUGCAUGAGUACGAUCGAUUGCUUCGUAUGUCCUCUAAACCAGCUCGGAUGCGUUUGUUUCUCUUCCCUUCUUCUCCCAUCUCCGGCGGUUUCGGCUCCGAAGGUUCCACUAAAUCCGAUCGAGAUACGCUUAAUCCUAUCCCUAGCCGACCUGAAUCGGAGAAAUCUGUUUCCGCCGCUGAUUUUUUGUUUGGAUCGGAGAAAGCGGCUCCGAUUCCUCCGUCUCCAGUGAAGGUGCCUCAACCGGUACAAGAACCGGCGGUGAUCGAACCGCCGCCGCAGAUGUUCGUAGAUCAACGGAUGUUACAGCCGGAUCACGGCGUUAAUCCGGCGGAGAUUCAAAGACAAAUCCAGGAGUUUCAGAGGAUUCAAAUCAGAGAUCAAGAGCAACAACAACAACAACAAAUGCUACAUCAGAAUCAGCUUCAUCAACAACAACAACAACAACAAGAGGCUAUAAUACAUCAGAACCAGCUUCAUCAACAACAAGAGGCUAUGCAUCAGAAUCAUCAGAAUCAGCUUCUUCAACAACAGCAACAACAAGAGGCUAUGUACAGAAGAAAAAGCGAAGAUGAAGGCGGACGAUACUUUUCACCAACAUACGCUCAAAAUCCGGCGGCGGCGACGACGAAUCCACAACCUCCGAUUGGCUACUGGCAAGGAAACAACAAUAUUCCGGGGAACGUAUACGCAACCACCACGUCACAGAAUCUACCGGAGCAGCAGCAGCAAGUGUAUAUGAUUCCAGCUCAAUCACAAGCUCCAGGGACAAUAUACCAAAGCGUCAUGAGACCACCGACAGUACAAGGAAACCAAGGGUAUUACCCACCUGUUCAGAGAAUGCAUCCUCAUCCUGAUGCAUACAUGGAGCAGCAGAACCAAUCAGGUUACAACGUGGUUCAACCACAGCCACCGUAUUCUGGUGGUCCACAAGUUAUGACUAGUGUUGGUCCCCAAGUUAUGACGAGUGUUGGUCCAACAAUGGGUUUACAGGAACCAUAUUCACAGAUGGGGAAACCUGUGUACUACACAGUGGCUGGGGAUGGCAUGAUGGUUCAACCGCCACCACCUCAGCCUCAGCAGCAGCAGCAGUACCAGGGAGUCGGUCAACCGGUUAGUGGUAUGACUGAUCUGAGAACCGGACCGGAUGGGAAAGUGGUUAACAUGGCUGCACCAAAAGUAACAGAUUCGGUGUGAGUGUGUGUGAAAUUGAGCUGAUAUCAUUAUCCAUCCAUAUCUCCCAAAAGUAUUUUAUAAUAUCUGUUAAAAGUGUUUUGGAUCAAAUUGGAAUCUGGAUUUCUGAUGAAUCAAAUUGGAAGCACUUUUGAUGUUUUUUUUUAUUUUAUUUUGGUAACUUCUACUUCUUUUUGAGAGUGUUUUGUUUUAACUUUUUAAGUAUGCUUUUUUGGACCUUUUCGUCUCCUGUCUCUUGUUCACCCACCCGUUUAGUGGUGUAUAAACAUUGUUAUCCAAUUACAAAUUCGUUUUAUCUAUCUUUAAUUCACUCA